AAGAAAAAAUAAUAUUAUCUUGUUCAAAAUGCAAAAUUUAAAGUCAAACAAUUAAGAGGAAAGUAGCAUAGCAACUAGUAAGUGCUCUUCUCACAGAAAAGCAAAAGCAAAAUGGCUGUCCCUUUCUCUCUCCUACCCGUCCUGCCCGCUUUCUUUCUUUCACAUCCCAAUCCUGCCCGAACUGCCCGUUGUUGAAAAAAAACUCUCUUUCACAUGCAAAUGCAAACUCAAUCUCUCUCUUUCCCACAUACAUCUCCUUUGGACUCAAAUUUCAUCAACCUCAACUGGGUUUGUCUUUGUUUUUGUUUUAGUCAUUAGUUGGUGUUGAUCCUUUUGUUGUUUUCACUAAAAACUAUGAUGUUUUUGUUCUUUUAAUUAUUUUCAUGAUGAUUAUGAUAAAAUUUUAAAUUUUACUGUCUUCAAUUAUUGGAAUUGAGAUUUCUUGAAGUGGGUGUUUUUUAUUUUAAUCUUUUUUUAUACCCAUGUUCUAAAGUUUGAAACUUUUGGUGAAAUUUUAAUAUGUAAAAGAGUUUUUUUUGGAAGAUGGGGUUUAGGAAUAAUGCAAUUCAAGCAGGGAGUUUGGAUGUGGGGGGGAAGUCAAAGGGAAAGGGAAAGAUGAAGAGAGAUGGUGAUGAGAAGGAAAUUGGGUGUUGUGUUAAAUUUGGUUGCUUUGGAAAGUGUAUACCUUCAAGAUUAAAGGUUGAUACUUCCAAAAAUGGCACCACAAGUGCUCAUAAUGUGGAAAAACCAUCUGUUAAUGAGAAAAGAAAAAAGGAAAAAAUUGCUCCACCAGGAUCGUCUACAACUAGUAAUGCGGAAAGUGUCCCUUCCACUCCAAAGUUCAGUGAGGAAUUGAAGGUUUCUUCUCAUUUGAGAAAAUUCACAUUCAAUGAGCUAAAGAUGGCAACUCGGAAUUUUCGACCCGAGAGUCUUCUUGGUGAGGGAGGAUUCGGUUGUGUUUUCAAAGGUUGGAUUGAAGAGAACGGAACUGCACCUGUGAAACCAGGUACGGGACUUACCGUCGCGGUCAAGACCCUCAACCAUGAUGGACUUCAGGGUCACAAAGAGUGGCUUGCUGAGUUAGACAUUCUCGGUGAUAUUGUCCACCCGAAUCUAGUUAAAUUGAUUGGUUUCUGUAUUGAAGAUGACCAAAGAUUAUUGGUUUAUCAGUUUAUGCCGCGUGGAAGUUUGGAGAACCACCUCUUCAGAAGGUCCUUGCCACUUCCUUGGUCUAUUAGAAUGAAAAUUGCGCUCGGUGCAGCAAAAGGUCUUAAUUUUCUCCAUGAAGAAGCUCAAAGGCCAAUAAUCUAUCGUGAUUUCAAGACAUCUAACAUUCUAUUAGACGCGGAAUACAAUGCAAAACUCUCGGAUUUUGGACUUGCCAAAGAUGGUCCUCAAGGCGAAAAUACUCACAUAUCAACGAGAGUUAUGGGAACAUAUGGUUAUGCAGCUCCUGAGUAUGUAAUGACUGGUCAUUUAACAUCAAAAAGCGACGUUUAUAGUUUUGGAGUAGUGCUACUUGAAAUGCUCACUGGCCGACGAGCUGUUGAUAAGAAUAGACCAAACGGGGAACACAAUCUUGUGGAGUGGGCGAGACCUGUACUUGGAGAACGGAGAUUGUUAUUCCAAAUAAUCGAUCCUCGUCUUGAAGGCCACUUCUCGGUCAAAGGAGCGCAGAAAGCUGCCCAGCUAGCCGCUCAAUGCCUCAGCCGUGAUCCAAAAAUCAGACCUAUGAUGAGUGAAGUUGUUCAAGCUUUGAAGCCUUUGCAAAACCUCAAGGAUAUGGCUAUUACGUCAUAUCACUUUCAGGUAGUGCGAGUAGAUCGUACCAUGUCCAUGCCGAAUUCAAAAAAUGGUACAAAAACACAAUUAGCAUCUUUGUCGAAGAAGGGUCAACCUAUGAGGAUAUUGUCGAGUCCAAAUGGUCAACACGGUUCUCCUUAUCAUCAUUAUAUCAAGUCACCAAAACCUAAACAUGGAUAAGAAUCGUGAUUUUCACUCGUUAAUUCGUUUCUCUAUUCAUUCGGUCUCCUCAACUUAGGCCAGUAUUAGCUCAACAAACAAUUGGUCUUUCUAAAACCUUAGAAAUCAUUAAAAGUUGUCUGUUAUUGUGAAUUUGUUAUACAUUUUUCUACAUUUUCAUAGGCUUCCUUCCUUUUGAUGUUGUAAUUUUUGUAAAGAAAACAACUGGUGGUGUUAGCUCAUGUUAUUAAUAUUUAUAGAUAUUUACAUACUCAUUGGUCAAUGUAAUCAUAAGUAACUACUUAUUAAUGUAAUCAAAUGUUAUACUUGCAAAAGAAGCAUGCUAGAGCUAGCUUUGAAUGAUUUUAA